AGCCCUCCAGUUAAAACCCUAACAAAACCCUAGGAUCUAAGUCUAGAACCUUCUGUUUCUCUCUAGAGGAACUUGAUCCCCCAACCCCUUCCUCCUCCUGCAAUCCCUCUUGUUUUAAAAGGAGACAUCCAGAACUGCAGCUCCACUCUUUCUUUCACUUUGCCGAAACAGUUUUUUUAACAAAAGAGAAAAGAAUGGCCAGGCGCUUGAUUCCUACCCUCAACCGCGUCCUGGUGGAGAAGAUCGUCCCUCCCUCCAAAACAACUGCUGGAAUUCUCCUCCCCGAGACAUCUACUAAGCUGAACUCAGGAAAAGUGAUAUCCGUGGGUCCUGGGUUAAGGAGCCCUGAAGGGAACACUAUCCCUCCAGCUGUGAAGGAAGGUGACACUGUGCUUUUGCCUUCAUAUGGGGGUACCCAAGUCAAGCUUGGUGAAAAAGAGUAUGUUUUGUACAGGGACGAGGAUAUCUUGGGCACUUUACAUGAGUAGAAAUUGGUUGCUGUUCAUUUAAAUGGGUUUUUGUUUUUUGGGAACUCUAUUUAGGUUUUUGGGGUUAAGGCCCUGGUUUCUAUGGAUGUAACUGUUAACAGAUUGGGUUUUUUAAAAUUGAAUUAAAGUUAGUCUUCUUUAGAAUA